CAGACUGGACCCCUUUACUUAGUAGGUUCUCCUUCACCUCCGCUCUUCCAACCCAGCAAACAAAGCUUUACCACCCAGGUCGAAGAAUCGGUCUUUCUAAAGAUACAAGAUAUAUAGAACAUAAGCAGGCAAUCAUACCAUCUCUCUUCAUAACAAUAAGGAUGUUUUCUUUUGGACUGUUUUCAGUCCCAGACCAGACUUAAACAGACCAGACCAGACUUAAACAGACCAGACCAGACCAGACUUAAACAGACCAGACCAGACUUCCGUAGUUAUAAAAUACACAGAGACCAGACGUUUACCAGACCAGUUCAGACCAGACCAGACUUAAACAGACCAGACCAGACAUAAACAGAUCAGACCAGACCAGACCAGCAAAUUUCAGUCCAAAAGAAAACAUCCUAAGCUUGCUCUAGUGGCUUUUACCGCUUGAACAAAGUUUGACCCAAAUUGCCUGGUUAAGAACAAAAAAGGACUUAAUUAUAAGGAAAGUAGCCAAAAAUAUUAGACAAUAAAAAUAGAAAGUUGAUAAAGUUUCGAAGAGAUGAUGCGGUACUAAUUAAGCCUUCUACAUUCAACAUUAGUAUUUUCCAAGAUUUACAUGAAUAUACAGCUUCAAUUUAAUUUAACAAGAAGCCAAACUUUUUUAAAUGAAGUUCAAUUUAAUCAAACAAAAAUGUAGGGUUAUUUCCCUUGUUGAAAGGGUAAUCAUUAUCUUUCCAACCCAGCAAAUAAAGCUUUACCACCCAGGUCGAAGAAUCGGUCUUUCUAAAGAUACAAGAUUUAUAGAACAUAAGCAGGCAUACCAUCUUACUUCAUUAACAAUAAGCUUGCUUUAGUGGCUUUUACCGCUUGAGUGAAGUUUGACCCAAACUGCCUGGUUAAGGACAAAAAAUGACUUAAAUAUAAGGAAAGUAGCCAAAAAUACUAGACAAUAAAAAUAGAAAGGUGAUAAAGUUUCGAAGAGAUGAUGCGGUACUAUUUAAGCCUUCUACAUUCAACAUUAGUAUUUUCCAAGAUUUACAUGAACAUACAGUUUACAUUAAACGAAUAAGAAGCCAAACUUUCUUAAAUGAAGUUGUUCAAUUUAAUCAAACAAAAAGGUAGGGUUAUUUCCAUUGUUCAUCUGGCUGACCAACAUUUUUUGGGUUAUAUUGUGGUUGGAAGAAACCAUUCAUGCAUUCUCUUUUACACUUGUACUAUUGUAAUUUGGAAUGAAAAAAUGUUCAAUAUACUUGUGUUGGUAUGUUUGUUUGGAUUCAUAUUCUGGGCUGGUGUUGCAAUGUGCCUAGGGGAUACGGUCCCGGGACUGGACCAGAUUGGGAUAUUUUUGUUCCGGGUCAAAAUUAGUACUCGGGAGGAUAAACGAUUCAGUUUCGGGUUUCCAGUGGUCCCAUUUUUUGCAUUAUGUCAAGGAAACAACUUAAAAGCGGUGGGAAGUGGGGUGUGGGGAGGGUUUACAAAGAUAUGAAAAAUAAAUAAAUUGGGACGGGAACUGGCGUUUGGACCAGAAUAACAAAUAUAGGUCAUAAAUCAUAAUCCCCGGUCUCUCUAGUUUCUUAGUUAGGUCAGCCUAGGACCGGAAAUCCGGAAUUGGCUCUGAACUAGACUAUGUUCAUGUCUAUAUAUGCCAAUUAAAGUUCGUUUUAAAUUGAACUAAAUCAAAAACCGAUAAAAAGCUCAUUAUUGAAACCCAC